AGCCCCCCCUCCCCCGUCCGCCUCCGCCACCGCUCCGGCAGCCGACCAUGGAGAACCUCUUCAUGCAGGUCUUCGAGCGCCGGGACUGGGUCACCGGGCAGAUGCGGCAGCAGGUCGACUCCUACGCCGAGUCCCUCGCCUGCGCCUUCCUCGCCGCCGGCCACCGCCCCCCGCCGUGGCUCCUCCCCUCCUGCGCCGCCGGCCCGCAAGAGCUAAAUGGUAAACCAAUUGUUCCGGGGUUACUUUUCUCUGGAAGCCAGAUUACUACACCAGCAACCAACAGAACUGUAUUUCAGCCACCAGCUGUUCCUAGUAUUUCACUAAGAAAUGUGGAGGUUCCAAAUGGAUAUGCUGGUCUGGAGACUAUUUGUGACACGGUAGAUACUAACCAACAUGAAGUGUCUCAGCAAAAGCAGGUUUCAGUUGACCAGGAGGUUGUUGAGGCUGGUUCUGGAAUCAACAUGUUCUCUGUGGUAAAGCGUUCCAGGUCAAGGCAGCGGCAUAUUGAAGAUCGCUCGCGUGAGAAGGGUCAAGCGACAAAUACUGGAACCAAUGAUGUUAUGCAAGACAGGAUGCAGAGGUCUGAACUUGCAACUGCGGGUUCGAACAAAACAACUGCAUCAUUAUCCUCCAAACCAUGUGGUGAUGGUGAAAACAAUGCUGGAACAAAGACCUCGUUGCCAGGUCAGGGGAAAGGUUUUUAUGCCAAUCAGGAUAGAUCAGCUGAAUUCGUUAUGUGCUGUAAAGAUGGUGAUCUUGGAAAUCAAGGAGUUCAGUUAGAUUCUUCUCAAAACCAGAUUGUCAGUUCUGAUAAUAAUGUCAAGGUUUCUGUUCAAAGUUCUUUUGGAGUGCAAGUUACAGGCAGUGUGUGCCAUGCACUCCCUGAAACUUAUCUAUCAGUUGAGCCGAAAAAACUUCAAUUCGAUGGUGUUGAAUCAGUUUGCAUGAAUCUUGCAAGUGAACAGAUGAUGCAGCAACCAGUAUGUGCCCUGGAAGGUGCCAAUCUUGAUCUUGUUGAGGCACAUCCCUUAAAUGAAGACCCAUCUUCUACCAGCUAUUCUCAAGUUCCUCGUUUUAUGGGCAGAUUAUUGCUUGAUGGUGUGGAAUCAGGAUAUUUGAACCCUUACAGUGCACCAGUGAAGCAGCAGCAGAAAAGUGCUUUGGAAUGUGCCAUUCUUGAUCUUACUGGCGUGCAUUCUAGAAAGGGGGACCAAUCUCCGACCAGCUCACUUGAAGCACCUAAUCCUACUGGCAUACUGAUUGAAAGCGAUACACUGCACACUGUAGAAGAUACUGAAAGACUAACGAGACCUGACGGUUCUUCAGAUCGAAUCAUCACUCGGAGUUCUGUGUCUUUUGAACAACAGUGCUCUGAUUCUCAUGUUUCACAUCCUCCAUACAGUGAAACUUUGCAGUCACCUACCCAACUAGCUGAUACUAGUUUUGGGGCUCCUGCAUCAUCACAAAUAUUGCCGGACAAUCUGUUAGAGGAGGCCAACAGUGAGGACAUCUCACAUUCACCUGUAAUUGAGGUGGAUAACCAAUCCUCCCAAUUGGAGUCCGCUGAAUGCCCAGAGCAGCUUCAACUUCAGACUGUAGAAGAUACUGAAAGAAUAAAGAGACCUGACAGUUCUUCAGAUCGGAUCAUCACUCGGAGUUCUGUGUCUUCCGAACAACAGUUCUCUGAUUCUCAUGUUUCACAUCCUCCAUGCAGUGAAACUUUGCAGUCACCUACCCAACUAGCUGAUACUAGUUUUGGGGCUCCUGCAUCACAAAUAUUGCCGGACAGUCUGUUAGAGGAGGCCGACAGUGAGGCCCUCUCACAUUCACCUGUAAUUGAGGUGGAUAACCAAUCCUCCCACUUGGAGUCUGCUGAAUGCCCAGAGCAGCUUCAACUUCAGACUGUAGAAGAUACUGAAAGAAUAAAGAGACCUGACAGUUCUUCAGAUCGGAUCAUCACUCGGAGUUCUGUGUCUUCCGAACAACAGUUCUCUGAUUCUCAUGUUUCACAUCCUCCAUGCAGUGAAACUUUACAGUCACCUACCCAACUAGCUGAUACUAGUUUUGGGGCUCCUGCUUCACAAAUAUUGCCGGACAGUCUGUUAGAGGAGGCCGACAGUGAGGACCUCUCACAUUCACCUGUAAAUGAUGUGGAUAACCAAUGCUCCCAAUUGGAAUCCGUUGAAUGCCAAGAGCAGAUUCAACCUCAGACUAUAGAAGAUACUGAAAGAAUGACGAGACCUGACAGUUCUUCAGAUGGGAUCAUCACUUGGAGUUCUUUGUCUUUCGAACAACAGUGCUCUGAUAGUUAUGUUUCACAUCCUCCAUACAGUGAAACUCUGCAGUCACUUACCCAACUAGCUGGUACUAGUUUUGGGGCUCAUGCGUCAUCACAAAUAUUGCUGGAUGGUCUGUUAGAGGAGGCCGACUGUGAGGACCUCUCACAUUCACCUGUAAAUGAUGUGGAUAACCACUGCUCCCAAUUGGAGUCUGUUGAAUGCCCUGAGCAGCUUCAACCUCAGACUGGUCCUUUGGAUGAUGCUUAUAAAACAAGCCUCUCCCCUUUCGAAAUACAAAGUAAUGACACACAUUCCAAUGGUUGUCCUGUUGUAAAUGUCUCUGUAUCUGAAGAAAAUGACUUAUCUCAGGAGCAACAUUUGUUGGCCAGAACAUCUUUAGAAUUCAAGGAGACCGAUGUGGAAACUCCAUUUGGCCCUGCUUCCCCGGUCACACAAAAUGAGACGCUCAAUGGGAAGGCAGCAUAUGAUGCAGUCAACUGCCAUUCAGGAAAGUUGGAUGAUGUUCAGGUAAAAUUCUCAGCUUUGACCAAAGCAUGCAACAUUUCUGUCAGCAACAAAAAAGACGAGUCUGCAGUGCCAGAAGUUAUCAGCAGUGCUUCAGUUAGAAGAACCAGCGAAAUGCACUCAACUGAAAGGAACAGUAUAACUUCGGCCGAAGAUCUGCAACAAAAUGGAACAGAACAAAAGACCUCUCUUCUUGAGAAUGUUGUUAAAGAAAAUGUUGAUUCAUGUACAGCAGAAAACGAUAAGCAGAAUUCUUCACAACCUUCUGUUCAGUAUUUCUUAGGUAGUGCAGCAUCGCAUGAGAAAAUUAAUUUGCUCAAGUCAGACAUAAGCAGUGCUGCUUGUGACCAGAAGAGGUCUGUUCAAGAUGGAGUUAAAGUAAAUGAUAGUUUGUCAUCUAAAAGAAGAAGAAUAAGGCGCCGAUCAGACUUUGACCUUUCAAGGACACCUUGCACAAAUUCAUUGUCUCUGAACCACCAAGUUGACAUUUCUGGUCCUAUGUUAACCGCGACAAAUUUCUCAGAGAAAUCCCAUCCUUCGAGUCCUUUCUUCUCAAGGAGUUCAGGAUCUUGCAAGAGCAUGUCUCUGGAGUCAGAGGGGGGAAAUGCUGCAAGUGACGUUUGUGGCGAUGGGAAUUCUUCACGGGGAAGAAGAAAUGCAACUAGCCUAUUAAAUGUUGUCCUUGAUAACUCUCCUACUGCAAGCACCAGCAGGAGUGCAUUUGAGGGAAUGGUCUUCAAAACUUCUCAAGAACAGAAACAAAAUAAGUUGGAAGUUGAGUUUAUGACGACGGCUGCUGCUUUGCCUUAUUGCUCUGGCAUCCUAUCUCAUAACGAGGAAAACUGCACACAACAGGAAGGUACUUGCUUAGAAGGUCAGGACCUAAAUGUCACUGCUGCAAGUAUGGCAGACCAGGAAAUGGCUCUUGAGACGGAUAGCUUAUCAUCUCCAAUUGCAAUAUUAAAUCAAGAAAACUAUUCUGGAAGGGAGCCAUUUACUCAAUUCCCGGGUUAUGCUUUAGAUCAACAUGGUGAACAAGCAUCUGCUCCGAAUGCACUGUUUCCUAGGAAAUUAUGUUAUGAAUCCAAUGUUAAACGUGGUAGGAAACAUAAAAGUUACGAUGCAAAUGGACAUUUGCUGCCUGGUGCUGCCAUUUCAAUGCCAGUAUUCGAGAGAUUUGAUGUUCCUGGCCAAUUUGACAGCCCAAUUAUCGGAAAAAGGUCAUUUGAGUCCUUCCAUGAUUCUCGCCAAUUAGGCACCAUCAGCUCAGAUCCUCCAAACAAGUAUAAUACCAACACAGCAAGUAGUUUGCAUCAGCUAUUGACAACCAUGCCACCAAAAAACAGCCUUAGCAUUAUGGACUCUUUCAGAUAUGGAUCGAAACUUGAUUCGUUUUUCAUUUCUGAUGACGUAGCCUCAUGGUCUUCAAAUGCUAGCAGCAGACAAGAGACUAGUGAAACUCCGUUGACUCCAUCAGUUGAAAAAUAUAGCCUCCAGAAAUUUUCAGUAAGAUCUGGAUCUGGUUCAAAACAUAUGGGUUCUAUUCCUGAACUUAAAAUCUUCCAAAUUGAUGAAGAUAACAGCAUUCUGGAAGAAGAUGAGUACCAAGACAGGACUCCUGGAUCUGUGGAUGUGAAUUACUCAUGCCAGCGGCCCUCUGAGAGAACAGCACUUAAGGAUAUUACUGGAUUAUGUCAAAACAAUGGAAAUUCUCCGUCUCUUUCGAUGAGAUGCAUGGAUAAAGGUAAAAACAUAGACUUGAGUGCAGAAUCUGUCAGUAGUGAGCUCAUUCAUCAUUCAAAUAUAAAAAAUGAUAGCAUUAAGCGAAAAUACAAUCACCCUACUUCAGUUAAGAGAGAAGGGAAAGCAUCCCGUUCUCUUCAUGGCAGAUUAGGCACGACAGAAAUAAUCAGUAGCACAAAUGGAAGACACAGGAGUGAAGUAAAUGUUGACAAACAAGGCACAACAGAACUAAAGAGCAGAAACGGAAGACACAGGAGUGAAGCCAAUGUUGACAGACAACCUAAGCCUAGCAAUAUUGUUGCCAAUGUGACAUCUUUUGUACCUCUUGUAAAACAAAAGAUGCAAUCUACAACAGUGUGCAUGAAAAAAGAUGUCAAGGUGAAGGCACUUAAGGCAGCUGAAGCUGCAAAACGUCUUGAAGAGAAGAAACAAAAAGAGCAAGAAAAACGCAAAGCGGCUGCAAAAGCAGAGCGCGAAAGACUGAAGCAAGAGAAGGAAUUAAAACAAAAACUUGAAGACGAACGGAAAAAGAAACGGGAAGUUGAUGUGGCCACUAAGAAGCGGCAGAGGGAAGAAGGAGAAAAGCGGGAAACAAUGAAAAAAAGAAAAUGCAUGGAUGAAGCUCGAAAGCAACAGAAGCAGCCUAUGGAAAGACAACGAGCCAUGAAGGAUGGGAAAGAUGCUCGUCAAAAAGUUUCUGAUAAUAUGGAGCCAAGGAAGAAUUUGGUUGAUGUAGGCAAAAACCAAGUUAAAUCUGAUGAGACUACUGAACACGCCCUUCGAUACAAGGCCAAUGAAAGUAAGGAUGAGAAAGGUGUUGUUGUAGAGGACAGGAAUGCAAGUUUUGGAUCUGAUGCUAAGGAAAAUAUCCUGAACAGUCUUGAGGAGUCCUACACAAUGACUCCAUAUAAAGAUUCUGAUGAUGAUGAUUACGACGAACAUGAACAAGAAGCAAGGCGCAGAAGGAAAUUUGUUCCUUCUUGGGCUCGGAAAGAAAACUUGGAUAACAUCUUACUAUCCAACAAAACAUUAAACCCUAGAGAAAUUUUUGCACGGAAGCUGUCCUUCAACAUACCUGAAGUCCUUCCGGCGCCCGUUCCGCAGCGCGGCUUAAGAUAGCCUUCCAUUGCAUUUGAUGAAGUAGUGGCAAUAUGUCAUUACCGUUGUUCUGCUGGCCUCCGUUUCGCCCUUGGCAGUCAGUGAUGUGUAUAAGCUGACCAGCAGUCUCUCUAUCUUUAGUAACCCGUAAGCUAGGAAGAAUGUUCUAGUAUGUAGGAGAACAUUGCUGUACCACUUGACUACUUACCUAGCAUCGAUCAUUGCUCGGCAAACUUAUUGUUUGUUUAUAACGGCUCCCGUCACAUUAUAUUUGACGCGGAUUUAGUAUGUACGUACCAGGGAA